CAGUGCUUUUCGAACUGUUGCCAGUGACAGUUCCACGAACAUGCGGCGGUCGAUACUCGAUCAUUGAUUCUCUACGAUAACGUUACGCCUUCUUUUUCUCACCUGAUCACAGAGAGACAGUUGAUACGUGCCCUUGUUCUCGGUCCAAGCGCGCUCCAAGUUUAUCGAACCGUUUACGUCUUGGUGCUACUUUCCACUUUAGGAGUAUAUUUACGUAUUCUCAAAAAACUGGACGAAUCAUGGUGUCCACUGGCAGAGCGACCUGGCUGCUGCUCGUCUGCCUGAUUAUACUCCUAGGCGUCCUCGAAAAUGCAGAAGGUGCAAGAAAGAGGUUCCGUAGGCCGACUACCGCCAGCCCAUCGAUAUCGAACGACCAGGAAGUAUCAGCUAGCGUGAACAGAUUAAAGGUCACGCGAAAUCGCAUCAGCAACAAAAACAAAAAGAACGAAAUUCAAACUGGCAAGACGGACGACUACAAGCUUGUAUGUUAUUAUACAAAUUGGUCUCAAUACCGUACGAAGCUUGGGAAAUUCCACCCUGAAGACAUUCAACCCGACCUGUGCACGCACAUCAUCUUCGCGUUCGGAUGGCUGAAGAAGAACAAACUGACCAGUUUCGAGUCGAACGAUGAAACGAAAGAUGGAAAAACUGGACUGUACGAAAGAAUUAUGACUCUGAAAAAGGCCAAUCCUUCUUUGAAAAUUUUACUGGCGAUAGGUGGUUGGUCCUUUGGCACCCAGAAGUUCAAGGACGUGUCCUCGACGAGAUACGCGCGACAAACGUUCAUCUACAGCGCCAUACCCUACCUAAGAGAUCGAAAUUUUGAUGGUCUUGACAUCGAUUGGGAGUAUCCUAAAGGAGGAGACGAUAAGAAAAACUACAUUCUUCUGUUGAAAGAGCUACGAGAAGCGUUCGAGGCGGAAGCUCAAGAAAAGAAGAUGCCCAGGCUUCUUUUGACUGCUGCUGUACCUGUUGGCCCGGACAACGUUAAAAGCGGAUACGAUGUUCCAGCUGUUGCAAGUUACCUGGACUUCAUAAAUUUAAUGGCGUACGACUUUCACGGUAAAUGGGAAAGAGAAACGGGGCAUAAUGCGCCUUUGUACGCCUCAUCACUGGACUCCGAAUGGCAGAAGCAGCUCAGCGUAGACAACGCGGCGUCGAUGUGGGUUCGGUUGGGUGCACCUAAAGAGAAAUUAAUAAUAGGCAUGCCAACCUACGGUCGAUCCUUCACUCUCUCGAAUCCUGCGAAUUUCCGUGUCCAUUCGGCUGCCAGCGGCGGCGGAAAAGCCGGCGAAUACACCAAAGAAUCCGGCUUUCUUGCUUAUUACGAGAUCUGCGAGAUGCUGCAGAAUGGCGCGGCGUACGUUUGGGACGACGAAAUGAAAGUGCCGUAUUUGGUGCAAAACGACCAGUGGGUGGGCUUCGACGACGAGAAAUCCAUUCGUAUUAAGAUGGAUUGGUUGAAGAGUAAAGGCUAUGGCGGCGCGAUGGUGUGGACAGUGGACAUGGACGACUUCAACGGCACCGUUUGCGGUGGAAACGUCAGAUAUCCUCUAAUUGGAGCGAUGAGAGAAGAAUUGCUGGGAAUCUCGAGAGGUCCCAACGCGAAGGAUGUGGAUUGGACCACCGUGGCUGCUACCGUCACGGAAGUCGUCCAGAAGAAGCCCGAACCUUACAAAAUACCCGUCUCAGAAGCUUUAAGCAAAGCUAAGAAGGUUCAGAAAGCGGCAACGCAGCUUGUUAUCAAUACUCCAACCAGUGAAAGGGAGGCCCAAUCUAUCUGCUACCUAACGAAUUGGUCUCACAGAAGGCCAGGGGCUGGGAAAUUUAUGCCUGAGGACAUCGAUCCGAGUCUCUGCACCCAUGUGGUCUACGCGUUUGCCACCUUGAAAAAUCAUCUACUCGUGGAGGAGAGCGACAAAGACGCGGAAAUGUACAACAGACUGAUUGCUCUUCGCGAGAAAAACCCUGAUAUCAAGAUAUUGUUGGCAAUUGGUGGUUGGGCUUUCGGUUCUACGCCAUUCAAAGAGCUGACCAGUAAUACUUUCCGAAUGAAUCAAUUCGUCUAUGAGGCCAUUGAUUUCUUGAGAGAAUACAAAUUCGAUGGCCUGGACGUCGAUUGGGAAUAUCCUCGGGGUGGAGAUGAUCGAACAGCUUAUGUAAAUCUUUUGAAAGAGCUCAGACUUGCAUUUGAGGGCGAGGCGAAGAGUUCUGGCCAACCGAAAUUAAUUUUAUCGGCAGCCGUACCUGCCAGUUUCGAGGCUAUCGCGGCAGGAUACGAUGUGCCUGAAAUAUCGAAGUACCUGGACUUCAUUAACGUCAUGACGUACGACUUCCACGGCCAAUGGGAGAGGCAAGUCGGUCACAACAGUCCUCUAUUUCCUUUGGAAAGUGCUACCAGUUAUCAGAAAAAAUUGACAGUCGACUAUAGCGCGAGGGAAUGGGUAAAGCAAGGCGCUCCAAAAGAAAAGUUGAUGAUCGGUAUGCCAACUUAUGGCAGGUCCUUCACAUUGGUGGACAAGGAUAAGUUUGACAUUGGAGCACCAGCUUCUGGGGGAGGAACGGCUGGAAACUUCACCAGCGAAUCAGGAUUUCUUUCCUACUACGAGGUGUGUGGCUUCCUGAACGAAGAUAAUACUACUCUAGUCUGGGACAGCGAACAGCAAGUACCUUUCGCGUACAGAGACGACCAGUGGGUUGGAUUCGAUGACGAAAGAAGUCUCAUAAAUAAGAUGCAAUGGCUGAAGGAAGAAGGUUUCGGAGGCAUAAUGAUAUGGUCGGUGGACAUGGACGACUUUAAAGGAACUUGCGGGGGUGGAAAGUAUCCACUGAUCAAAGCUAUGAGGAAAGAACUGCAAGAUUACAAAGUUAAACUAGAAUACGACGGCCCUUACGAAAGCAACGCGAGAAACGGGAGGUACACCACCAAAGAUCCAAACGAAGUGACCUGCGACGAGGAGGACAACCACAUAUCUUACCACCCCGAUAAAAAUGAUUGCACUAUGUAUUACAUGUGCGAGGGCGAGAGGAAACAUCACAUGCCUUGCCCAGUGAAUUUGGUCUUCAAUCCAAACGAGAACGUCUGCGAUUGGCCCGAAAACGUCGAGGGUUGUUUACAUCACACGCAAGCGCCACCAGUGUAAACAAGAACGAAAGAAAAGGGACAAGAAUUACUAUAUUUAUGGGUAUUUCCUCGCGGCUGUACCAUAAAACGCGAAAUUACGCGCGAUAUAGAAAUAUCAACGAAUAUUCGCGAUACGUCGAAUGGAAUGGUAGUUUAUCAUCGAGGCUUUCCCGUGAAAUUUACUAUUCUCCGUGUUUCACGUACCUUUCCUUUCUCGUCUUCCCUUUCCUCUGUUCUCUCACUCGUCCCUUUGUAUCGUUCGGUUCUUUGUCUCCCUUUCGCGUACGUGUGCGCAUCCGCCUUGCGCACGGGCGAAUUCUCUCCGCCUUUCUUUGUCAUUUGUAUAAAACGCACAUUAACUACCGUGACAAAUUACUUUUUUUUUUGUAAAUAAAAAAAUUGUACGAAAUAAAGAGAAUGGUGAAAUUGUUGUA